AUGCCAGGAUCAUCCCUAUGGCUCCUACCCCCACCCACCCACCCCCUCCACACCCUCCUCCCCACCCUCAUCUCCCAGACAUCCUCACACUUCCACUCUCCCCACCGAUUCCUCCCCCACAUCACCCUUACUUCCGAAAUCUCUGCAUCGUCAUACAGCUCUGAUCCACAAGCAUGGCUUGAUGCGCUCCAUCUGCCGUCUACCGACGGCGUGGUGAUCACUUUCCAACAGCUAGCCAGCGAAGAUGUGUUUGUGAGGAAAUUAUACGUCCAGUGUGCAAAGACCGCUGGGGUGCGAGAUCUUGCACGUGUGUGCCGUCAGGAGGUGGAGGGGUUUGGAGAGGAAGAGGUGGCGAAAGGGUGGGCGGAGCAACAAUAUAAUCCUCAUCUGAGUCUUUUGUAUCAUGACUGUCCCGUGGUGACUGAAACGGAGUUGUCAAGGGUGGAGGGCAUGGCUAUGCAGUUGGGUGUUGAUGUGCAUGGACACGGUGAAUUGGGUGGGUGGAAGGGCGGCAAAGUGGUGCUUGUGCCGACUGAUCAACCCAUUGCUCAGUGGAAGCCGAUUGCGGAACGACAUCUAUAG